UGAUCUUCAGUGACGGCAGGUGAUUUCAAAGUACGCCAGUUGUGAGGCAGAGAUUGCUUAUUGGUGGCCCGUCCCCUCCCUAAGUCACUCCUCCAUCUUUCCCUGUGUGUGUGUUUUUAAUCUCUUAAUGUCUCAGGAGUUGGCAGGUUUGAUGCAGAGUGUUGGCUGGACUGGACUCGCUGCCGGCUUGUGUGUGUGUGUGUGGGUCUCCUUUAUUUGUUAAGGGAAGGCUCCCGGAAUAAGACAAGUAGAAUCCCUCCCCCCACACUCGCAGCCCGCACUGACUAGACAUUCACCUCCUCCUCUCCCGCGGCAAGUGGCGAUACGACCCCGCUUGGAGCCAAGUGUGAGUGAGAUGCGUUGAUGGGUCUUUCUGUACAGGACUGUGCCGGCUUGCAGCGUGACGCCUCCGUGAGGACAACCAUGAAACUCCUGUGGAACUGCUUCGUGCUGCAGCUUCUCACGGUGGAAGGCUUUGGAGCGCAGCCCACGACAGUCAGUGGCAACCCCAGGUUGAAGAUAUCUUACAACGAUCUGCUUUUCCGUGGCGUUAUCACCUACCAGCUGAAUUAUUCCUGCUGCUACAACACUCUGCUACUGGAUGAGGAGAGAGGCCAGUUGUUUGUGGGUGCCAAGAAUUACCUCAUUGCUCUCAACCUGAACAACAUCAGCAAGCACGAGAAGAAGAUUUACUGGCCGGCUCCUGUGGAGUGGAGAGAGGAGUGCAACUGGGCAGGAAAAGACUUACACGCAGAAUGUGCCAACUUCAUCAAAGUGCUGCACCAAUUCAACAGGACCCACCUGUACACGUGUGGUACCGGGGCGUUUCACCCAGUCUGUGCCUACGUAGAGGUCGGCAACAGGUUCGAUGAGCACCAGUUCAGGAUUGACUUCAACCAAGUUGAAGAUGGAAAAGGAAGGAGCCCGUACGAUGCCAAGCACCUGUCUACCUCCAUUUUGAUAGGUGAGGAGCUGUACUCCGGCGUUGCCACUGACCUGAUGGGCCGGGACUUCACCAUCUUCCGCAGCCUGGGGCGGCGACACUCUAUACGGACCGAGCAGCACGAUUCACGCUGGCUGAACGACCCCAAGUUUGUCGGAUCAUUUUGGAUUCCAGAGAGCGACAACCCAGACGACGAUAAGAUCUACUUCUUCUUCCGAGAGAUGGCCGUGGAGGGACAGAACCUGGGGAAGUCCACCUUCUCGCGGGUCGGCCAACUGUGUCGGAAUGACCAUGGGGGAUUGCGAAGCCUGGUGAACAAGUGGACAACGUUCCUGAAGGCCCGGUUAAUCUGCUCAGUCCCUGGCAAUGAAGGCAUUGACACCCACUUCGAUGAGCUCAGGGAUGUGUUCUUCCUGCACUCGAGAGAUCGCAGAAACCCUCUCGUCUACACCAUCUUCAGUACCUCAAGUAACGUAUUCAAGGGCUCGGCUGUGUGUGUGUACAGCAUGAAUGACAUCCGCAGAGCUUUCCUGGGACCCUUCGCACACAAGGAGGGGCCUAACUACCAGUGGGUCCCUUUCCAGGGCAAGGUGCCCUACCCCCGACCAGGAAUGUGUCCGAGCAAAACCUUCGGUGGUUUUCAGUCCACCAAGGAGUUUCCGGAUGAUGUUGUGUUAUUUGCCCGUAGCCACCCACUGAUGUACAACCCCAUUCACCCCAUCAACCAUCGACCUGUCCUGGUCAAGACCAAUGUUGACUACAGCUUCACCCAGCUGGUGGUGGACAGAGUGGAUGCAGGAGAUGGUCGUUACGACGUCAUGUUUAUUGGGACAGACGUUGGGACGGUGUUGAAAGUGAUCUCGGUGCCAAAGGAAAGCUGGCAGAACAUGGAAGAACUAGUCCUCGAAGAAUUGCAAGUCUUCAAGGACUCUGCACCCAUCACCAGUAUGAAACUUUCCUCAAAAAGGCAACAGCUGUAUAUCGGCUCGGACUCGGCAAUCUCGCAGCUGCCCCUGCAGCGCUGCAGCAUCUAUGGGAAGGCCUGCGCCGAAUGCUGCCUGGCCCGCGAUCCCUACUGCGCCUGGGACGGGAACGCCUGCACCAGAUACCUGUCGAACACCAAGAGGAGGUUCCGGCGUCAGGAUGUGAGGAAUGGAGAUCCCAGCACUCUGUGUUCGGGAGAUCGACAUCGGCACAGGGUCACGGAGAAGAAGUUGUAUGGAGUGGAGGGCAGCAGUUCGUUCUUGGAGUGUAUCCCCAAAUCCCUGCAGGCCCAGGUCACAUGGACCUUCCAGAGACGCCCCAACGCCCCCAAGGACAAGGUCCACUUGGAUGAGCACGUUGUCCAGACCGAGCGCGGCCUACUGCUCCGCAGCGUCCAACGCAAGAACGGCGGCACGUUCUUCUGCCACUCCAUGGAGCACGACUUCACCCAGACCCUGAUGCAGAUCUCGCUGGAGGUGAUCGGGCUGGAGCAAGCGGACGAGCUGCAGGGCAGGGAGGCGCCGGUGCCGGUGCCGGCGGCGGCGAGCCACCCCAACCAGAAGGUGUGGUACCGUGACUUCCUGCAGCUGGUGGACCACCCCGGCAUGAAGACGGUGGAGGAGAUCUGCCAGCAGGCAUGGAGGCGGAGGCACAAGCAGCCGAAGCACAAGCGCGACUCCCUGCGCCCCUUGCAAGCCAAGUGGAAGCACCUCCAGGAGACGAGGAAGGGGAGGAACCGGCGCACCCACGAGCUGCCUUCCCGCGCUGAGCGGAUGCCCCGGAGCGCCAUCGUGCAGUGACCUCGAGGGGGGGGGCGACCGUGGAGACAAUCCUGGGAGCGAUGGCAAGGACUAAGGAGAUGCCACGCUGCUGUGCCUGGCACCAACCUUCUCUGCACAAGGUUUACAUGGACCUCCUGAGUGAAUAGACACUUCCCUCACUAUUAAAACCACUAUGACACUAACACCCAUCACCUUAUGUUCUAGUGUGUAGGAAUUACUUCUUAUAUUCAAGGCUAUGGAUAGCAAUAAUAAGUACUAGGGCUUAUUAGGAUUGCCAGCGGUCUCCUGGGUCUUUGGAGACUCCUUCUGUCCCUGUGGGCAUUACAAUAAGUCCAUCUUGUCCUUGGGAACAUGUCUCCCUCUUUCCAUCUCACUCAUCCCAAUGACCAUCUCCUUCGAGGCUGUAGACGAACCAAGUUGGGGAAUUUUUAAUUAUUUUCAUCGGCUGGACGAGAACUUUUAAUCCUUUGCAGCUCACCUGAUCCAAAUCCUGCCGACGUUUUCAAGUUGCGAAGCGGUAUUGUAAAUGAACAGGGGAGGGGGGGGGGGGGAGGGGGGGGGGGGGGGGGGGGAAGAAACUAACUAUAGGAGGCCCCAGUAAUUGAAGCACCAAUGUCUCUGGGUUUCUUCUUGGGAACAACCCAAAUGCAUAACACUCCAAACGACAGAUCGAAUCGACGGCAUUGGUAUUAUGAGGGCUGUAAAGGGUUAAUUGAAGAUCUGAAGAAGCCUCAAAAUCGUUUCAGGGCCUCUGGACUGAAUGUUUAUUUUUUGGUUUUACCCUGUAGUCAGGUGUUGUUGCCUCUGGGACCUGCUGCUACUUUAUGCCUCUCUCGUGCUAAUGUUGGCAACAUCCGCGCAGUCCGUUCACCCUCCCUGUGAUGUGGGCUUCAGAGGGAUCCAAACCUCACUCCAGUCUAACUCCGACGAAUGUAGACCACGCUAACUAUAACGAAGUCUCGCUGCUCGCACAAAAAUGCAAGGAAGAGAAAAAGACUUGACGGAAAAGUGCCUUGAAGAGAACUUGAGCCCAACGAGGGGAAUGACGAGAGACUGAUCGAUUAUGAGUCUGCUUCUGAGAAGAUGGAGGGCACGGCUAGUGACCCUGUGAAGAUAGAAACUUUGGGGAAGGUCAUCAGUAAUUGAAAUGGUUCUCUCUCUCUUUCCCUUCGUGGACCAGUGUCAGGGUGGACCUGAUGACAGGAGGGAGUAUGUUUGGGUCACUAAUUAGCACAGAGCUCAAGUUCAGAGGGCACGUUAAUUCUAAACAAAAUACUCUUGGUGCUGUAAUCAAACUGCUCCAGAGACACAGCUUCGAUCCUGACCACGGGUGCUGUCAGUGUGGAGUUUGCACGUUCUGUUCUGUGACCUUGUAGGUUUCUUCCGGGUGCUGCAGUUCCUUCCCCAUAUCCCAUACCUGUGCGAGUUUGUGGGUUAUUUGGCUUCUGAAAAUUGUCCCUGGUUUAGUUUAGUUGAGAGAUACAGCGCGGAAACAGGCCCUUCGGCCCACCGGGCCCGCGGCGACCAGCGAUCCCCGCACAUUAACAUUAUCC